AUGAAACGACAUCCACUGCACAAACUCGCAGUGCUAGCUGCAACAGCAGCUUCUUUUACCAAUGCCUUUACAACUACAUCGUCACACUAUUCCAAUUCGGUGAAGCUGCCGUUUCUACCAAAAACAGCGCAACAUGCUUCGGUGGAAACGACGAAUGAAGGUCAUCUAGUCAAUGGAAAAACAAAUGGUGCUCCUUCAGAAUUGGAACUAGAUACUGACACGGGAAGAACCCUCUCACCGUACAAUAUACUAUAUCCGGAACACUUCAGAAUAACGUCGAGUGAGAUAAUGAAGCGGGAAUCGACGCUCCAUACUUGUUUGCAACUGUUGCGACAAGUAUUGACCUUCAUUUCUUCUGGAGAUGCCACUUUGCCUGAACAAGCACGCGUGCUACGGAUAGAGCAUGCGAUAUCCCACAAUAUUGAUCCUUUAUGUUGGCUCCAGGCACAAAAGGAGGCUGACGACAAACCGCCCAGUUUGUACUUUGCAACAGCUGAGGGAACCCUUGAAGCGGCUGUAUAUGGGUCGUCGAAAAUAUAUCGCGGUACCACGUUCGAUGAUCACUUCUGGGACUUGGUUCAAGAGCUGCCAGAGGAGAGUCAUUUCUAUGGUGGCCAAAGAUUUGAUACCGAGACAGAUCAUAGCCAUGUCGCGGACGAAUGGGCUAGUUUUUCAAAAGGAUUAUGGAUCCUCCCGGCAAUUGAAAUACGGAGGACCAAGGAAAGCCCAGCAGACACCAUGGCAACAACCACGGUCGCCGUACAUCUCUACAAAGAUGAUGGGGAUGACUCGAUUGGCUUUUCUUUGGCUGCAUCUCGUCUCCUGACGUUAUUGACACAUGUUUCGGAUGCAACAACUCCCGCGAAGGCCCCCACCACGUUGCCACCUGUCCUGUCGAGAGUAUCUACUUAUGCCAACAGAGAUGGGCAGGAAAUGUAUGAAACGGGUGUAUCCGCAGCUCUAGCGGAAUUUAGUAAAGACAACAAUACUCUGGAAAAGGUUGUCCUUGCACGACGGAUGGAUUUGUCGUUCAGCCAACACGCAACUGUCGAUCCACUUGAUAUUCUCCGAAAAUGGAAAUUUGGAAACAAACCGGGUGGGCAUAUGUUUUGUAUAGGCGCAGGUGGAGAAGGAGGUGAUUUCUUCGGUUGUACUCCAGAGCGCCUAUUUCAGGUACAACAUGGUGCUGUGGUAUCAGAAGCCCUAGCCGGCACACGCCCGCGUGGUUCAACUCAAGAUGCUGACGAGGAGCUAGCGCGACAGUUGUAUUCUUCGUCGAAAGACCAAAUGGAAAAUCGGAUCACUGGAAAGUUUAUUCGUUCCGCUUUUGAAGAAUUGAAGGAGCGAGGAUUGGUGACAGUGGGGAAAGCAAACACUUUGGAAGAUUCAUCAGAAGACUACGAAUUCGGUGGUACUUUCUAUGUCCGCCGCUUAAGGCACCUACAACACCUUUGUCAGAGAUAUAGCUGCGAUCUCACAGACAAUACUAAACCAACGGAUGUAAUCAAGUUUCUCCUCAAGCAACUGCAUCCAACACCAGCAGUUUGUGGAUUUCCCCAAAAUCAGGCCAUUGAGUUUAUACGUGAAUAUGAAAGCUCAAACUUUGAUAGGGGGUUCUAUAGCGGCCCUGUAGGUUUUGUGAGCAAGCAAAAGACAGAUAUAGUGGUUGCGAUUCGCUCUGGUCUGGCAUCGAAAGCUUUAGAGCGACCAAAAAUAUCGGUCUAUGCAGGUGCUGGAAUUGUUCCUGGUUCAACGGUUCAAGGUGAAUGGUCAGAGACAUCAUACAAGCUUGCAGUUGUUUCGUCCAUUUUCCCUCAGUCUCCAAUAACGCUGCAGUCCAUCCCGACGCCUAAUGCAGCUUGGGCUGCUGCAUUUAUUGAGGAACUUGUGCGAAAUGGUAUCACCCAAUUUUACAUUUGCCCUGGUUCCCGUUCGACACCUCUCGUAGCAGCUAUUGCUAAGACAGCGAGGACAAAUAUUGGAGCGAUUAAUGCGAUGAGCAUUCAUGAUGAGCGCGGAGCAGGGUUUCGAGCUCUAGGGUACGGUCGGGGUUUUGGGCAACCUGCUGCUGUAAUUACUUCCAGCGGCACAGCAAUUGCAAAUUUGUACCCUUCCAUUAUUGAAGCUGGUAUGGAUGGCGUGCCAUUGCUUGUUAUUACUGCUGAUCGACCAUAUGAAAAUCGGAACACAGGUGCAAACCAAGCAAUCGAUCAAGUGAAGGCAUUCUCAUCGACUUAUGUAAGAUGGUUUCGUGACAUCCUACCUCCAAGUGACGAUGUACCAGUUGCCGUUGGGCUUUCUGACGCUUCUCAUGGCGUGAACGUAGCAAGAGAACAGAGGGGACCAGUGCAUUUGAACAUACAGUUUCGAGAAAAUCUUGCGCCUGAUGCUGGUCCUAUUCGGAAUGACGACCGCAUUGGGUCGAUCACAAAAUUCGACGGCGUGCGAUUCACGGACACACCAGGAUUCCAAAGAUGGUCAUUCGGUGGGGGGGUGUGGACAAAGUCGUUUGGAAACACUGGUGCUGUGGAUACAAACCAUGUGGCGUAUAUUGCCAAAUUGAUCAAGAAUUCAAAACGAGGCAUCAUCGUUGUUGGAAACAUUCGCAAAUCGACAACUCAAUCACACUCCGAUGUAGCAGAGACAUUCCAAAUGAUUGAUAAUCUUGCAAAGAUAAUUGGAUUCCCUAUUUUUGCAAGUGCGCAAUCUGGUGGUCUACGAUUUGAAAGUUCUGCAGUUGUUCCAUUUGCCGAGCACUUGCUCAGAUGCCCUCUUGUUGGGGAAAAUUUACGACCUGACGUUGUAAUCCAAUUUGGAUCGCCGCUGAUAUCCACAGAGGUCACAAAAGUAAUAAAGACGAGCACGGCGGAUGACAAUUUGCAGCACGUGCUUGUCCACCCCCAUCAUCCUUCAGAGCGUGUUGACCCAGAGUUUACAGUCUCACAGAAGGUCGAUUCUGAAAUAUUACCCUUCGUCAAGUAUUUGUGCAACGUGUUAGCAACAGGACCAUUGAGCUCAAGCUCGCUUUCCCCUAUCAUUGGUCUUGGCCGAUCAAUUCAAAACGAAAUCCGAAGUAUUGUCGAUACGGCAGCUGCUGACGUUUGGAUGAAUGAAAACGGAACUGUCACCAUGACAGAACCAGAAAUCAUCCUUUCGCUUUCAGAAUUGAUUUCAAGGCAAGAGAGGAAUGAAUAUUCCUUAUUCUUGUCGAAUUCGAUGCCCAUAAGAGAUGCAGAGGCCUUUCUUUAUCCUUUGAGCACCCCUUCAAGUAGAACAAAGGGAUGGAAAGGUGUUGUUGAUAUUGCCGUGAACCGUGGUGCAAGUGGUAUUGAUGGCAUCAUUUCUUCGGCAGCUGGAUUUGCUGAUGCGACCAAACGAAAAACGAUACUUUUGGUCGGUGAUGUAGGUGGCAUGGAGAAUUCACAAACAAGUUGCGAAGGUGUGAACCCUGACACUUUCUUGCUUCUCAUACAACAGGUUGCAGCACUUCAUGACAUCAACUCUCUUCAUGGUUUAAAAUCUGGCAUCACUGGCAAAGACAUUUACUCACAAUAUGGGAACCAUCUCACAACAGUAGUUGUGAACAAUGGUGGUGGUGGAAUAUUCUCUUUCCUUCCAUUAUCAAAGCAUGGCACAGAUGUGGGUUUUGAAGAGUUUUUUGCGACCCCUACGACUACUUUCUCUUUCGAAAAAGGGGCUGCGGCUUUCGAUCUACCAUAUCAAAAGGUUAGAAACUUUGAUGAGUUGUUCCAGAGCUAUUUGGAUUCUGAAAAAAAGGAACAGUCGGGCCUAAUAGAAGUCGAAGUCGUCGCUCGCGAUUCCAAUGUCAAAGUUCAUGGCAAAAUUACCCGUGAGAUAUCAGAUGUCGUGGUUCGAAAACUUGGAGGUCAUGCCGCAGACGAUUACAGUAAGGAAAUCCUGCCCUUGGCGGUUUACAACAAUAUGCAUAGUGAAAAAUCGAAUCGAUCCAGCACAAGCUUCGAGCGCAAGACUAUGGUACUUCUGCAUGGUUGGAUGGGAGAUAAGUCUGAAUGGGAUGGGGUUGUACAAUUCUUAAUUGAAUUGCUGCCGCCAGAGUGGUCAGUCAUCUCGAUUGAUUUGCCUGGUCAUGGAGAAUCAAGAAUGCGGCGCUCAAAUCAGUUCCAUUCAAUCAGGGAAGCAUUAGGGUUACGCGAAGAAAGUGAUUCCAAUUUGGAUGUUGACCAAAUCGCUCGAUCGGUUUUUGUAACAUUGAGGAAACACAAUAUCGACUUCGUUGAUGCCAUUGCAGGGUAUAGCUUGGGGGGUAGAGUGGCACUGGCUAUGAAACGGAUGGCGAUGAACAAUUAUCAUGACGGAGACCUUCCAGACUUCAGUUGCCUUAAUGAUUCAAGCAGACUUGUUUUGGUAUCCGCGUUCCCUGGAGAUAUUUCUUCUAAUGCCACCGAAGUCCCUCUUCAUCUCCAAAAUGAACAUAAGACACGAAAGCAUAAAGACGAUAGAUUGUCGCAAGAAAUACAGCAAAUGGCAAACAACUUUGAGCUCACACCAAGAUCUCCAAGUGAUGCCAAGAUCCAUUGGUCCAAAUUUCUUCAACGUUGGUACAGUGCUCCACUUUGGGGCAAUUUGAAAAGUAGUGGUGAUUUGUACAAUGUGAUGAUCGAUAAAAGGGUGUCUUCCCUGUCCAACCGAGCUUUUGAUCUGGCAGCUGUACUGGAGCAGUGCUCCCCACCUCUCAAUCGACUAGAUGAUUGGAGAGCGGCUCAAGCAGAGAGGACUCUUUUCAUCACGGGUGAUUUAGAUGAGAAAUAUAGUAGAAUCGGCGACGCUUGGCAGAGCUUGUCUCCAACUCUCAGUCACAAGAAGCUUAAAGACAAAGGCCAUGCAUUGCUGACAGAAGCUCCUUCAGAAAUUGCUGAAGCUAUCAACAGUUUCCUCCAAACUGAUCCGGGUGAAGAGAAUAGCCAGAAAGAGGCUGGCGAAAUAGACGACAAAAUAUCCUCAAUACCCCCCUAUCCAAAGGACUCCAAUAGAAUGGACUCAGCAGGAAUUGCAGCGACGGCAUCAAAGUUUCCCCAUUUCCAGAUGGAAGAGGUUAUAGGGUCGUUGGAAUUUGAACCGUUUGCUAUCGACCUUGUAGAUGGGGGAAAAAAGACGAAAGGGGUUGCGGGAAUUGGUUGGGGUGAUCGAUCCAAAACUGCUGAGAGUAGUAUGAAAAGGCGGCAUGGGUUCAUAAUUCAGCUUUCAUCAGAGGAUGGAACAAAAGUUGGGAUAGGCGAGGUUAGCCCACUUGCUGGGCUUCAUCCAGAAUCGCUUGGAGACACAGAGGACCAGCUUAACGCAAUCGCAAGUGAGAUUGCUGGUGAUAGAGAUUACACAAUGCCUGGAUUUGAUCCGGCUCAGAUUUUGGCCAUGGAUGGAGCGCUCGAUGAGUUCCUUUAUUCCUUUUGCGUUGCUUUAGGAAUUGAGCGUCUCUUACUUUCUGUUCGUUCUGGAAUUGAAAUGGCGCUGAUUGCUCUGUCAUCACAAAUUGUUAGCAUGCCAAUCCACCAAGCGCUAGUGAAGUUUUCACCAUCGGUUUACAAAGUUCGCUCAUCCAGCUCAUUUCUUCCUUUGAAUGGACUUGUCACCAGAGGCACUUUGCCGCUGGCGAUAUCGGAUAAAAAUGCAGUUGCGUACGACUCAUGGAAAUUCAAAAUAGGUCACCAGAGUCCUGCAAACGACCUCCGUGCCAUUUCUACCGCUCUCCAACUUCCGCCUUCCAAUGCAGGGGGGCAAAAACCAUUGAUAAGAGCCGAUGGCAACAGAGGUUUCAACGAAACCGAGGCAUUAGAGUUUCUGAGUGCUAUUAGGGAUAUUGGCCUCGACCGUCUCGAGUACAUAGAGGAACCGCUGCGGGUUGCCUCAGAAAUGUCGUCUUGGAGCCUACGUGAACACACAGGUAGACUCCAAAAGCUCUACGAAGAAACGAGAGUGCCGUUUGCCCUUGACGAGAGUAUAGUUGACUUGGCAGAGCUUCACAGCUAUGAUUUUUCAUCUAUAAUGGAAGACCUCAAAAGGGUUGUCCCAACUCGUAGUGGUUGUGUUGCUCUUAUUUUAAAGCCAUCACUGCUCGGCCUCGAACUAUCUCUACGGCUUGCAAGAGCUGCUAAGAUUGAGCUUAACGUUGGGGCAGUAUUCACAAGUGCGUUCGAAAAUGGAGUCGGUCUUUCUUUCAUCGCUUUUCUUGCGUCAUUAUCUGACCAAACUGGAGGCAGAGAAACCACGAGAUUGUUUUCGCAUGGGCUUGGAACUUUCGAGAUGCUGAGUGCAGAUUGUCUGUCCCCUAAUUUUGCCUCUUACGUCAAUACCAAAGGCCAAGUAAAUGUUGCUUCAUUGUCAAGGGCAUUCUUUGGACUAAGUCUCGAUGAAAUGGAAUCUCUUUCAAGCUCGUCUCUACCGUUACUUCAAGCACAGCUUAGCGAUGAGGAUGCAGUGACAGCAUCAUCAUUGAACGAUGUUCAGUCUUCGGGCAGAAUGCUGUCUGAUGAAUUCGAGGCUUCGACAACCAUCAGUAGCGAUGGGCGUGAAAUCACCGUUGUCGCCUCGCUUCCUCUACCUUUCUCAGCCGAGAUUGCAAAUGCUAGGUUUACAGACCUUCCGCAGCAGCCUAGGUGGUCCCCUUGGAUUAGUUCUGUUGCUUAUCUAGACGACGGCGAGACAGAAUGGACGCUUCAGGUGCGGGGAAUACACUUCCGUUGGAGAGCGACCAGCACACUUUUGGAAGAGCCUUACAAAGGAAUACAGUGGGAGUCAGUUAGUGGAUUGAAAAAUACAGGGUUCGUUGAAUUCAUUCCAGAGGACGAUGCAUGCUUGAUGAAAGUUACCAUUGCCUUUAUAUCCCCAAGGAUACUCUCCUCGCUUUUCAGAGGCACAUCAGUUUUCUUCGAAGAUUUUUUGAGGAACAAGAUUUUUAAAUGGUCACUUGAGAUGUUUCGCGACGUUGUCAAGGGUGACCUGGCAUUGGAAGAAGGCAAUAUUGAUCUAGGUGAUGCGCUCUUCAGUUCGGUCGAAGGGAAGGCAAAUGCCAUCCAAGCCUCCCUCUCCGCACCCUUUGACACUUGA